CAUUCGCUGAUUGACAGCAAAGCUGGCCAACCAGAAAGCAGGACGCUGUGGCGGCUGCUUGGAGAGUUUGAGAAACAUUGUUGGGUGUGUGAAGAUGAACCAGCUACCAAAUUUAAUUAAUGAGUGCCUGAUUAAUACUAAGCAUGUGGAAAAUGCAGCUAUUAUUAAUUUUAAAUUGGCAACAGUGGUUGCAGCCUCCUCAAGGUUUAACAUGCCAAUGCCUCAAAUCCAGAAAUUUAUAGAGGCUUUUAAACGCACGCCACACACCAGGCAAGAAGGUCUAUAUUUCCAGGACAGAAACUACACAUGUGUAAGAGCAGAUAAGCAUUCAAUAUAUGGCAAGUGUAAAGAAGGUGGCUUGAUACUUGUUAAAACAGGAAUGUAUAUUUUAGUUGCGACAUAUAAUGAAGACAUGUAUCCGAGUGUGUGUGUUGAAGCAGUCGAAAAGUUAGGUCAGUACUUAAGGGAAAAGGACAAAUGAAAGUAAUAAAGAUUUGACACUGAAAGAAUGGAAUAAAAGUGGGCCUUGAAAACUUGAAAGUGUCAAUGUUGCUGCUACAGCCAGGUCAUUUAUAAUCACGUAUUUAUUUGACCAAAGGUUAACAUUACUGAUACAUUAGAUGUAGUUUAAGGAAUGAGUGAAAAUAAAAGUUUUUUACAAUAAUUUUUGGUCAAUACAAAUAUAGCAUUUUUAAAAUGUAAUUUAAACUCUUUUUCUUUUGUGAAUUUAACAUAAGCUUAUUUUUUUGUUUUUGGAAAACAGAACUGUUGUUAUCUUUGUCAUUGAACAAAGAUAAACAUAGCAAUGAAAAUAAGCUGAAUCCAUCUUUUAUAUCUAACUGCAAAUUUAAUUUGUAUAAAAUAUUUUAAUACAUACAUACUAUGGUA